AUGUCUGAGACAAUAGGCAUUAUUCACAAAGUAUGUCGUAUUUCAAAACGAUUAGAUGGAAAAUUGGUUAUUGUCACUGGAUCGAAUACUGGGAUCGGUUUAGCUACAGCCGGUGAAUUAGCUCGUCGUGGUGCACAAGUCAUCAUGGCAUGUAGGAAUUUACGAAAAGCCGAAGAUGCCAAAAAACGUUUAUUGGAGAGAUAUGGAGUUGAUAAUCCUCAGAGUGUUAACAUUGAUGUAGCAUGUAGAGAGGUGAUUUCAUCAUUGAGUCCAAUCAACAGUAAUCAAUUGAUCAUUGAACAACUUGAUCUGGCUUCAUUACAAUCAAUCAGAGAAUUUGCCCGACGAAUCAUCAACACUUAUUCACAACUUCAUUUUCUCAUUAACAAUGCUGGUCUUGCAGUGAGUAAAUAUGAAGAAACCAUAGAUGAUUUUGAAAUCACUGUGGGCGUAAAUCAUUUUGGACAUUUUCUUUUGACAGAAUUAUUAUUACCUUUGAUAAAACGUUCAAUUCCUGCAAGAAUUAUCAUCGUAUCAUCCAGAGCACAUUAUAAAGGUCGUUUAAUUAAACCAGAUUUACAAAUUCCACCGAAAAAAUACGAAGAAGCCAAAGCUUAUCGUCUUUCUAAAUUAGCCAAUGUUAUGCAUGCUGUAGAAUUAAGUGAACGUUUGCAUAACAGUGGAAUUAUUGUUGCUAGUGUACAUCCAGGUAUUGUAAAAACGGAAAUUCUUCGAGAUGUCAAAGGUUUUGCAUUGAAAUGUAUGAUUACAAUGAGUAAGCCAAGGUUUGUUAAUCCAUGGAAAGGAACACAAACUACAAUGUAUGCUAUAUUAUCAGAUAAUAUUAUUUCUGGUGGUUUCUAUUCAAAUUGUUCAUUGAAAGAACCAUCAAGUACAGUGAAGAAUAAAGAGGAAAUAUUGUGGUUACGGAAUAGAACACGUGAACUCCUUAGACUUGAUAAAUUAGUGACAACUAAUGAUUAA